CUGUGCGAUAGUGAGAUAAGAGUGUUUGGGGCAGAUACGAAGAGACGUUCAUUAUAGCAGUGGACGUCUCCUGGCGGCACUGCUGGGGACUUUGCUCCCAAACAGGACUGGCGCUACCUCCCCGAGGCCAGCACUUGGCACUCACGGAGCCACGUGAUGCCAGUGUUGAGUUUGCUGUGCCUUAGGUAGCAUCAGAUAUGAUAUGAAGUUGAACAAAAGAUAAUCAUUGUGAAAGUGACAGAGAGCAAUGAGAGACAAGUGAGCGGCGGUUGGACGUGUGCCUAGCGGGAAGUUGUGUAAAGUGAGACAGAGAACCGUCGCUCGAACCUUCGACUAUGGCACACCGUCGCCAGGGUUCCCGCGCUGCCAGGCGUCAGGCGGACCCCAGCUUCAUCUUCGAGGAUUUCGCGGGGGAGCCCAAGGGGCCCGGUCACCCAGGGACGGCUGCCGGCCCCGGUGGGAAGAGCAAGAUCCCCGGGCCCGUCAAGGAUCACCGGGGGAAGUCGAGAGGACCCAAGUCCAAGGGGAAGAAUUCGAGGGACAGGGCCCAAGGCGGGGGUGACGCCGAGGCCAAAGCGGAGAGCCCCGAGGGUCGCGGGAGCCCGGGGGGGCCGAGGAGCGCCGAGCCCGCGCCCAGAGCGGAGGAGGCGAGUCCCGCGAGUAGACCUCUCACUAACGGCGUGAAGGCCGAUGGGAAACCAGCGCCGCUCUCGGAGCCAGCGAGGGACAGCGCCGUUGAAGGGGAAGCGAAAUCAUCCAUUGACCCUCGGGAGGAACCGGGAAUUGACACUGAGAAACCGUCAUCGGAAACAAAUGGCAAAGAAGUGAACUCCGUUGCCACGCCGUUGAUUAACAAUUCCGAAUCUUCUGAAGAACCAGAAGCCGUUUCCAUAGAACCAUCGUCUGCAGGUUUUGAGACUGUAGAAGAACCAGCAGAUGAAAAAGAUUUGCAUAAUUCAGGUAUAGUUAAUAAAUCAGAACAGAUUAGUGAGCCUCAGGUAAAGCCAUCAGAAAAUAUGGAGCCAAAGCAGUCGGAGGACGAUCGCGGAGAACUUUCUGUAACCAAUGAAGCAGAAGGCAGCCCUGCUGAACCGAAGCCUAAAGGCGUAGAGAUCCUCAAAGAAGCGGAGGCCGACAGCUCUGAAACCUUCAGGCACAUUGAAAUUAAUUACAUGGACCCCGUGCAGCAGCUUCAGACGAUCGUAGAGGAGACCAGAGAACCUGAAGCCACGGGCGAGGAAUCGCAAAAGGAGCAGAAAGAUAACGAAAGCAAGGACAGUUCAGAGACGGAGGAGAGUGCGGAAAAGGCGGCGGGAGAAGACUCGGGGCAGGCGCAGCCACAGUCUGCUCGUGAGAGAAAGACGAAGAUCCCAGGACUCCUGAAAGAGCCCAAUUCGAGGGGCUCGGGGAAUAAAGGGCUGAGAGUGACCUUUGACUUGAGUAACACCUCGGAGAAGGACGAGAAUGUGAUUGACAGCUGGGAGGACCUGAGUGAUGCGGAUGGCGGGGAUUUGGUCAUAGACGAGGAUGAUAUCAUCGACUGCGGAGUGAAGCUGUCAACAAUGGACGGCCUUCUGGAUCUAGGAGAGGGCCUGGACGUCGAGAGCCCGCUGACUUCCCCCAAGAGCGACAAACCCAACGAGAGUAUCCAGUGGUUCAGGCCGAGUGACGAGUUCCGGUCAGAGCCUCUCGGUGGAAAAGCCCCGAACAAGGCUGGUGACGGAGGCGGCGACGGUGAAGCUAUUCCAGGCGUGGAUGAUGUCGGAAGAGGUGCGUCGGAGGCUGAAGAUAAUGGCAGGAAUUCAGGUGACAAUACGCCCGUUCUCGGAGCAGACAUUAUACCACUCAGUAUCUCGGUUUAUAACGAAGGCAAUAAUAGUGUGGAAAUUCCCUUUAUUGACGGGGAAGAGGAGACCUGUGUUGACGACGACGAUGAAUGGGAGACGGAGCCCAGCGGAAGCAGCAGCGAAAAUGGAAGUGGUGAUAAGGUUUUGAAUGUUGAAUGCAGGAAAGGGAAUCUCCCGGCUCCUGAUAAAGCGAGCGAGGGAGGUGAUGAAAAGGAUUCACAAGGAGAAGGGAAAGAAGACCAGCAGGGAAGCCGGGAGGAAGAGGAAGACAGGACUCUAGUAGACCAGCCAAGCAUAGAGGAAGACAGCGGCGAGAAGGAUGACGACCUUAUCACCAAGGAAGACAUCGACGUCGUGUUCAUGGCCCUCGAGAAGAGGCCAGGCAAGGGAGAGACUGUUCCUCUGGCGUCACCGGAGACCAUGAGUCCUGUUGUGAUGGACGGAAGUCCCCCCCAGAAGACACAGUCUCGGGUGUUUGUCGGACCUCUGCCACGCCCCGAGCGCACGUAUGCUUGGGACAGGCCUGGGUCGCCUCAGGUGUCGAUAGGAUACGAGUGUCAAGAAAGGAAGGCCGCAUCCGUCUGCAGCUCUGAGACUGAAUCUGACGGAGAGUUGGUGCCGUGCGAGGACAAGUGCAUUGGCACUGCGGACUUCCUGGUGGAGAGUGACUCCGAACCUCUUGAUCUCAGCAGCAGCAGCAAUGACAGGACGUCGUCUGUUUGUGACACGCUGUCAUCACAGAGCCAGGACGCUGUGGAAGUAAGGGGUGAUGGUGAGAAGGCAUGUUUGGCACCAGAUGACGACGUUCAUACCAAGAGUGCCAGAAAUGAGAAAGAUACUUUAGCCGUUUCCGACGUCCAGCCUGACAGCUCCUCGCCCUCGUCUGACGGCCAGGAGGAAGUGAAUUGCGUAGGGAAGUCAGAGAGCGGGAAAGAGAGUCAGAUAAACGGAAAGAAGAACGGGAAGAAAAAGGGCAAGAAAAAUAAAAGAGAAGUAAUCGCCGAACCAGCGCCAGUGCCAGAACACAUUCUAGGGAGGCCGAAGCUGGUUCGCGGAAGAAGCUGGAAGGAAAAACGAGAGCGAUUCAUGAAGGAAUACCAGGACCCCCUUUCGCUCUCAUUUGGGAAAGAGCUGUGUGAGUCUGAGAUCGUGGAGGACACGUCAAACCUGCUCACAGAAACGUGCACUGAGGCCAGCCUGGAGGCGCUACCCAAAAGCUCUUCAGAGACGACUCUGGUUAUGUUUCCAUCCGGAACAGAUUCUCUUGCAACCGCAGGGGACGAGAGCAACCCCAGUACUGCAGCUGAUGGUGGCGUUUCCAAUCUCCCCGAGGUCAAUAUCGAAGACGAGGCCCUCUGGAUCAGCCGCAACAUCGUCCCACCUCCGCCCAAAGUCGCCAUUGAGGUGACAGCUGCGAGCGACGAGGACGAGAGCGACUUCCACAGUGUUCACGAGAAGGAAGAUUUCUACGUAGUGAAGGCUAAGGAGACCGCGAAGCCCCUCGAGGCAAAAACGGAAUUCGUAGGUGAUAGUGAGUCAAGUGAUGAGGGACCGCAACUGCCUUAUGAUCAGAAGACUUCGGAAGAAACAACCUCAGCAUGUGAGGUGUGGGCUGCGAGCACGCCUCUCAUUGGCAUUUCCUUAGAAGGGAGUCAGUUAGCUAAAGAAAAAAGUCAUGACUUGUCAGAGAGUCCCAUUGACAGUAGUGAUAAUUCGGCGUACACAGAUGCUAAGGAUAGUUCAUGUGCGGAAAGCUUACCCCAUUCGUAUGAUUAUGUUCGGUCUUUCCCGGAGGUUAUAGGCACUCAGUCGUUAAAUCUCGUAUAUUCCUAUGACACAGACUCAGACUUCAAUUCCAAACCAGAUCAGUGGAGCUCAAGAUCAAAAGACACAAGUUUGGUUGUGAAUGGGAGGGGGAAGAACGAGUUGGAGAAAGCAGGCCCCGACGUGCCUGCGGGAGAGAUAGUGUACGAGGGACCGUGUUCUUGUCGCCCAGGUGAGUCUCGCAUGGGACCCCUCUUGCCAUCAUAUCUGGCUCCCACAGUGGGUGUGGGUAUGAGUGUAGGUAGCCAGGACUCGCCACUCAGUGUUCCGCCUCUCUUCGAAAGUGACCAUGACGACGUUUUCUCAGACGACGCCAUGAAGUUGGUGGUGGACAGUUUAGUGAACGAGGAUAGUGAGACGCUGCAGGACUCUGCGGGCGAUAAUGACGCGAACGGCUCAGACAUCCGCUCGAGGAUCAAAGAGAUAGUGGGCCCGCGGCUCCAGCGGGAGCGAGGGAGGCCGACGGCGAGGGGAGGGCGGGAUGAGGGCGAUGAAGGCGCCGAGGAGCACCUUCUGACGAGUGGAGAGAGUCCACGGGGAGGGCGGGAGGAGUCACCCCUGCCAGGGUCCUCUCCAGCCUCUAGCUCAGGAGUCCAAGGUUCCGACGAGAUGUCCCUCUCCCGCUCCCGCUCGAGGUCCCCCGCCUCGAAGGAUCCCGCAUCGGCGAGUGUCAUUCCCGCCCCUUACGCGCAGCCGGACAUGAUCUUCGAGGGCUGCCCGCUGCAGCAGGAACUAACCCCAGACAAGAUGGACCCUGCAGAAAGUCUGAGGGCGUUAAGGUUUGAAGCAGGGCUGGACUCGGGCUCUGAAAAGCCCCAGCAGGUGGACUGCAGCUUUAGGACAUUCAGGGACAUGUAUCAAAUCAACCCCGUUUACCUAACGGACUCGGACGACCCCGAGGACCCCACCGAGUCCGAUACGAUAAUUCAGGGGCCAGGGGGCUAUGACCUCGACAGGUCCAUCACUGUCAAUAGCUGGGGGUCUGCCUCGGAGGAGUCCCCAGUGCCCCAGGAACUCAGCUCGUCCCCGCCCCUGCCAGGAGCUCGAGGGGCGAGGAAGGUCCCUAAGGUCACUAAGCUUCUCAGGGAAACUCAAGGUAUCGUGCAAAGAUGGGAGGUGCUACAAGCCCAAGCCGUGGAACGGCAGCGGCAGAGCGGGCAGGUGCGAGAACUGCAGCGCCAGGUGAAGUCCCUGCGCGUCGUGCUGGAGUCGCUGAUCGAGAGGGCCAGCGACACCACACAGGUGAAGGACCUCGAGACACACCAUCAGCUCAGCGACAAACUGCAGGAGCUCAAGGACCUUCAGCAGGAGGUGAUGACGAGGAAGGGUGAGGUGUCGAGCAUCAACCUUGCGGUCCACAGGUUCAUGACGGAGACCGGCUACUCCCUGGCGCACCUCAAGGACGAGGUGGCGGACCUCUACCGGCUGUGGGACGAGGCGCACAAACGAGCCAGCAGCGAGCUGUCGCGGCUGGAAGGCGUGGAAGCCACGUGGAGACUGUGGGAGACACAGGCGGAGGAGCUGCGCCGCGCCCUCCGCAAGGACUGCGACACCCUCAAGGUCCUGGACGCCGCCAUCCAGACGGGCUCCCUCACCGACACCGCCACCGCCUCCAUGCAGGACGUCGAGAGACUCCUCAACGACCGCCGCAAGUCCCAGCCCGGGAAGAGACUCACCCUCCAGCACACCAGGACGCAGGGCGUGGACAUCCAGGGUUCGACGACGUCUCUGGGAGCCUCCGGGGACGAGUGCCUGAGCGACUCCGGCACCUCCGGGUACGAGUCGUGUUCCUCCGAGGAGCUGAGCGAGCGCGAGCGACGCCUGGCGCACCUGAGGAGGCUGGCGAGGGACCUGGAGGCGUCCCUGCACCCCAACUCGCAGGCGUGGGCUGCCAUCACUAAGACCUUGUCCAGCGCCGAGUCGGAGCUGAAGGACCUGCAGAAGCACUGCCGAGAGCUGGUGGUGCGGUCCGCCGAGAGCCUCGACCAAGCCAAGACGUCCCCGCAGCUAAGGAGACGCAGCUGGACCAAGGACACGAAGGGGAGUCGGACAGGCCGCCUGGAGCGCCGAGGUCACUGUGCCUUGAGUGGGCGUGAUGGAUGUGGGCGUAGUGUGAGUAGUGGGCGCCGUGGGUGGAUGUGGAGAGUGGUGCGGGCGGCUCUGCCGUUCCAGGCCGCCCUCCUCCUGCUGUUCUGCGUGGCGUGCCUGCUGGAGCCCAACUGCUGCGACCACGUGAACACCCUCAACCUGUCCCUGAGCCCGCAGCUGCGCUACGUGCACGGCCCCCCGCCCGUCUGAGGCACUCGGCCGCCCCUGUAUAUUUGUUGUCUCUUACCUGUCCUGUACGUCAGGUGUACAUAACCCCCGCCACGAUGUACAUACCAUGGCCUGGUGUACAUAUGAAGGCAAAGUGCAGAUACCCCGGUCGGUUGACCCUCAUACCCGCUGCGUGUGUACCCGCGCGGGACCCGUGUGCGUCGGCGCACGCGCGUCCGCGCCGGCCGAGCGAGAGAGAGGGCCGGGAUGAGCGAGGCAGGUGUAGAUGGCUGUGACCCUGCAUGCCCUGGGGCCCUGCAAGCCCUGCAGGCUCUGACGGGACCCCUGCUCGGGACGUGACGCAAGCCCCCGCUCGCGCCGCCCGCCCACGAGGGAGCGGCAGCGCCCCAACCCUCACUCACACACGCCCACAAACCCGUCACUACGUCAUGUCAAAUAUUUUUGUAUACACUUAAUAUAUAUACUGGUAAUGUGUGUGGAUGGAAGAGAAGCGUAGUGUCUAGGAACGAGAGUCGUGGGUGCAAGGGCGCGCGUGACGCUGCAUGUCUAGUAGGGUGAUGUGUUGUGUGUUUGAGAUAUAGAUACAUCUAUAUAUAUAUAUGUAUGUGUACCCAGCAAUACUGGGUUGUAAUUCUAAUUAAAGCAGUGUGAAUAUUUUAAACUAGGCCCUGUAAAGAUAUUUUAGAAAAGGUUGAAAAUAUAUAUAUAAUGAUUUAGGGUGAUUGAAAAUGUAUACUGAAAAUUCUUCGAAUGGUGUUUGCUAUAUAGGUCUGACCAAAGCCCUCUAGGGUUUGGUUACUAAGGCGGCCGGCCCUUCGCGGUCGGCCGCCCUCGGGAGGUGCGUGCCAGGGCGCUCGCAUGACUUCGGGUCGUGCCAUGUUGGUGCCAUCUCCCACAGUACUAUGACAAGCCAGGCUACCCGGCAUUGCGGGAACCAACACGGAUUCGUUUGUGACCUGUGGGUAGCCGAGGCUCCUUCGGGAGAAGGCUAGAAGCGCCUCGCCAGGAGACACGGAGGCGCGGGCAUUGCAUGGAGGCCGCCAGGCGACCCUUGCGGUCAGUGCCGCGGACAUUGCCUUGCUCGAUACCUGAUACCACGCCCUGUGCUGGAGGCGCCGCCGACUCCCACUUCUAUUACUAUCAUGAUCCCAGUAAGGUCGGCUGAAGGCAUGAAUUCGUGGGCCCUGCGGCUCAUCCUGUCCCCAGGGUGCCCAACAGACGGCCGGAAAAGAUCUCGACACUUUAGCGAACAGUCGCUUUUAAGACACCUCAUCUGGACAUUCAACCGAUAGUCCAGGAAUGGACCGCGACCCUAAACGUUCCAGCAUCUGUCCUGUGCGAGAACUGGACGCCUGCCCGUAGCAAAGUCUAAAAACCUUGGUCAGCAGAAAGCUCAUGGUGGGCGCACGGACGCCCCGCCACUUUCGACUCUUUGUUGAGGCCUGCAGAUGGCCCAAGACUCGAGGUGCACGCACAGCACGGACACGCCCAUUACCAGGGCUCUUUGUCCUUAGACAUGCUGUUGCCCCAGUCUUUCGGUGCCAUUAUCAUAAGGCCCAGCAUUUGGAGCACGUAUCCAGGGUGCAAGGAUCGUUCUGCCAGGGCAGGCAGAAGUAGGUAUAAGGGAUUGGAAAUCCAUACCCGUACCAGUGUGGGUAAAGGCUGACACCACCAUUUUAGGGUCCGGCAUUAAACACCAUGUAUAUCAGCCUUGAUAAAAAGUAAAUAAGGUAAGGCAUGUAACACCCUAGUGUAGGCUCGACUCUUCAGCUCCUGCUCUAACAACAACAAUAGGCGGGGCGGGAUUCUUCGUGGUCGCGGCGCAGAAAGUGCAGGCGCGUCGGCAGACUGGGCGGACGAGCAACAAUUCGACAGAGCGACGGCCGCGACCAUUUGUGAGACUCCCGCCUCGCGCCUCAACAUCGUAGCCUUAAGGUCACUGCCUCAGCAGAGUUACAGGGGAAUGGACGUUAACAACAACAAAACGAUUAUUGAGUAGGCUUGUUACUGAGCCUUAAUGAAAAUUGAUGAUCUGAACACUCAGAUGUGUGUGAGCUGCCAUCGUCCCCUUUUCUCGACCAGCAAUUGUAGUUUUGAUGAGGAUGAUAAGUAUUAAGAAGGAUGAAUAAUGCGUGUUCGACACGCAGAGAAUUUAAAGGAAUUUAGGUAUUUUUAUAUAGGGUUUGAGACAUGGCCCUCCACGCGGGUGGACGGCCAUGUCGACAGGGUUCAUUCUGCGGCGAACAUUACCACGCCUUAUUCACACUGCAUUUUAUUCUAUUCAAACAUAUCCCUUUAUUUAACAGGAUGGGAGAUUUGUUUUAUUUUCUUAUGGUGCUAAUUAAGAAAAUUAAUCUAUUCUAUUCAUUUUACAGUGUAUGAUUACAAUUUACGUAGUAAUGUAUGCCAAAGGCUUUUUUCUACUGUAUUCAGUGGUUUGCGUUGUUUUUUGUACGUGGAUGAUGAUUUUUACUACAAAAGGGUUAAACUUUAUAUUUAUUUUAUAUGAAAAAAUUGUAAGAGUUGUUUGAUUGAAUGGUUCAAAAAUAUCUGGAUGGAUUAGAGUUUUCCUAUUUGUUUACUAAAGGACGGAGGACUGGGUGGGUUGUAGUACCUUAGUAGUUUAAGGCGCAGGAGAAAGAAGCUGCUGCCUCUGUUCAGUCAACCAAUUCUCUCCCAGCCACAGUCAUUGUUCCUAAAAUGUUGAAUGUGCGCUUUUUACGCUAUAGGAAUUAGGGUGUCCACCUCGGAAUUGGCAGGAGUGGAAGGAGUGGGAGACCCCCCUUCUAGGCGAGAUUGCAAGUCUGCAGACAUGUUGAAAUCCGCCUUGCAAGAAGCGGGGGUGCGACCGCCUCCCGCCGCCCUGCCCAGAGAUUGAUUGCCUUCAGGGUUGCCAGACGAAGCCAGACUUUGCCAGUCAUUUCCCUCCCAUUUGCGUGAUCCCAUUAGCCUCUUCAGUUUCGCGGGUGCAGCAACCCGUGUUUUACCGCUGAUUCCAUUGAAUAGAAAAUUGUACUUAAGGAACAGUUUCCCUUAUCCUAGUGCACUUUAGUAAGUAUUGCUUUUUACGAGAUCUCCUAGAAUGAAUGGGCGCGUGGACAGGGAGGUAGAUGUUGCGGGAAAAAGAAGGAGAGAAAUGGCUGCGCGAAGUCCGACUCGAUGCUAGAAGAAAUAGGCUUGUUAUCCGGGUGGCUCGCCGAACCUCCCCGUUGCCGCUUGCUGCCUGCAGGCUUUCUUGGACCAUCUUUGUGUUGCGCGUUUAGUAUGAGAAGGGGCCGACCUGUCGUGACGGUUGUAACAUUAGCCAGGGGAGGACGCUCUGGAAGGGCUCGGGCUCGUGGUGAAAUCCCUGCUCGCGGCUGUUCGUGUGUCUUCGCAAGAGGAAAUUCAUCCCCCCUUUUCCAUUUACCCAUCCCGCCCCCACCUUCCCCAUUGAACCCCACUCAAUCAAAUCCUCUCCCUCGACUUGGUUGUUCAAAUUCUUUGGGAUCAGUUCCUCGCUUCGCUCAAGAGUAUUUCAACAACCUCGGUCUCUUGGCCGGGGAAGGGGAAUACUUGUGUGCGGUUGCGGUUUUUGAUACAAAGAUGAAUAAAACAAUAAAUCUCUUUUCACUUUAACAAUACUAACUGUCUUUCUUCAUUUGUGAAAGUGCUUUUACUUAUAGUUUCUUAACCUUAGGUCCGAACGAAUGGAACCCAAAGUUUAGAAUUUUUUUGACAAAACAUCCACAACAUUAUUUGUAUGCUUCAGUUUCUCCUUAAUAUAUAAUUGCCCUCCUCUCUCUAACCCCCCCUUCCCCUCCAAUAAGCGAGACCACUCCCUAGCCCGUCCACGAAGUCUCUCUCAACGGUUUACAGUACAAAAAACCACAAUAUGUUUUAUAAGUGCCUUAGUGUCGUUGUCUCUUAGCUUCGUAGUAACGACAGGUACGCGCCCCGACGGCCACCCGCGGGAGUGAGAAUUCGAACCUUGUGUCCGGGAACCAUAAGGCUCAAAAGCGAUUGAGGUCCCUUUGGGUGCCGCGGCCAAGGCGAGAGGCCUCACUCUCGUGCUAGAGGAUAAUAAUGCUUUGUUCAGUGCUCACCUUAAUGGCUUCUUGCUUUGAUAUGUUUUGAGUGUGUCAUCCAGCCUUGAAAUAUGUCGGAUUAUGUUUUCCUUCUCUUUCUUAUUAUUUGUAUUCUGUGAAUAUUUACUGAUUAACACUAAAACACCAGAUUCUUUCUCCUGUAUUUUCAAGAAACAAAAUAAAAAAAUAUAAAUAAAAAAAGGAA